CCGAGAUAGCACUCGACGAUGGACAACUAUGAUCCUUCGAUUGCCUCUCCUUUUCUAGUCUUUCCUGGCUAUGUGCCUCUUGUCGCCACUACGCUGUUGAAUUUCAUGUACAGCUUUGGUCAAUUCUGAUAUAGACUUUCGUUCUCUUUCUCCCACGUCUCUGGACCUCACAUCUGCCUCGUCCACCUCAGCGCCCCCACCAUGUCGAAUUUACCGUCUCACGCGUCCCCAACCUUCACGGCGCAAGCCCCUUCAAUCAACCUUGACGAAGAGCUCUCACUUGGCGCAGAUCAGACGGUUUUAAAUAGCAGGAUAGAUGAACUCCGUGCCGAUGCAGCCAGUGUGACCGACAGUGACCGAGGGGGAGAUGUGACUCCGGCUGUGCCAGCUUCACUUCUUUCCCCUUCCUUCACCCCGCCAGCAACCCCAGGUGGAACAUUCAACCCCGCGCAGUUGCUACAACAAGCACAACAACCGACCAGUUCAAAGCCUCCCAAACUCCUCUCUCGCCUUCCCGAUGUCGAAUGUAUUGUCCGUGCCCGUAUUCCUACCACCACGGGUGCGGAGAUGUUCCUGCACCUCUACCACAACGACCUGGAUAACAAGGAACAUUUGGCAAUUGUCUUUGGUAAUACGAUCCGGAGUCGGAGCUUGGAUAAAGUUCGACCUGGUGAGACUGAGAUGGAUCGCAUGAUUCGUGGUGCUUAUGUCGGCAAACUCCACCCUGGUCGGGUUAGCAGUUGGUAUGAUGAAGGGAACGCUGAAGGCGCGAGAGACACGCAUCAGGAAGAUGAGAGCACCCCGAGUCAAGCACCACUUGUUCGAAUUCAUUCGGAAUGUUACACUGGGGAGACCGCUUGGUCUGCAAGAUGUGAUUGCGGAGAGCAGCUGGAUGAGGCAGCAAGACUGAUGUCAUUCCCCAUGGAAACCCUGUCAGAGCUUGCAUCCCAGCAGUCGGUGCCCGUGGCUUCGAACGUCUCUGGUGGAGUAAUCGUCUAUCUUCGACAAGAAGGGCGCGGGAUCGGUCUCGGCGAAAAGCUCAAAGCCUACAAUUUGCAGGAUCUUGGAUCUGAUACUGUCGAAGCCAAUUUGCUGUUGCGCCACCCUGCUGAUGCGCGAAGCUAUGGUCUAGCUACCGCGAUUCUUGUCGAUCUUGGGCUUGGAGAAGAUUCCAACCCGCAUGGAAUUCGACUUCUCACAAACAAUCCCGACAAGGUGCGAGCAGUUGAGGGUCCCAACCGGGAAAUCGUUGUUAAGGAGCGAGUGCCCAUGAUACCCUUGGCAUGGAGAUCUGGUGGAAAGGCGGGCAUUAAGAGCACGGAGGUAGAGGGUUAUCUUAGGACAAAGAUCUCAAAAAUGGGACAUAUGAUCCAGUAGAUUGAACCGAAUCUUUGGCUAGUCGCAUCCUGUGCUCUCAACUCCUGCAUACAAGUUUUACCCCUGAACUAUAUACUCUUGAAGACCUCAAGGGGAGGUAUUGUGUAAUGUAUGGUGUUUAUGAGACAGCGACGUCUAUUCCAAUUGCCUUUGCUUUGUCCAUCUGUGCUUACCGCGCUAUCGAUAUCUCCUGCGAAAGGCGCGGGAUGUAUUGCUACCUGCCAUUUU